AAUAUGCUCGUCCCACUAAAUUGUUUAAUAGCAGUAAAAAGCCCGCGCAUAACCGCUUUCCAAACGCGCUGAAGAACCUGUACUCUACAGUCCCGAGCUCAGAGACGACGCAGAGAAAAAGAGAGAAGAAAUCAAAGUUGAAUCCCACAGAAAACUCUCUCCAAAAGCAAAAGCGAAAAAGUUUCAGACCCAACUUUUUCUUUUCUUUCUUUCUUUUUUUUUUUUGUUUGUUCGUCACAGACACCCAGUAAAGCGCCAUUUCCAAAAAGCAAACCAAGACUUCCAAUGUUCACCUCAUUAAGCAAAAUGGGGAAGAACAACAAGAAGAAGAUUGUGCAACAUAUAUACUCUGUUUCCGCGUCUUGCAGCACUCUUCCAUUCCUGACCCAUCUCGCUUCGCAACCAUGGCUGGAGAGAUCGUGGUCUCCGAGCCCAUUAUUGAAGCUGAACCAGCGCAUGCCACCUCCAUCACUAGGUCAAUUGCAAGCGGAAGCGGAAGUGGAAGCAACACUCGUGGGAUGGAUUAUAAUCCUGAGCCAUUCGAGAGUGAGAGAUUGCCCGUCUCCCUGGCUUCUGAGAUUCAGAGGUUUCUUCGAGUGGCGAAUUCGAUUGAGAGAGAGGAGCCUCGGAUUGCUUAUCUUUGUCGCUUUCAUGCAUUUGUGAUAGCUCAUAACCUCGAUCGAAAUUCAAAUGGGCGGGGAGUUCGGCAACUUAAAACCGCUCUUCUACAACGACUUGAGCAGGACGAAGAAGUUACAAUUCAGAAAAGGAAGGAAAAAAGUGAUGCUCGCGAACUUAGGCGAGUUUAUCAUACAUACAAGGAUUUCAUAAUAAAACAUGGUGGGGCGUUUGAUUUUGAUAACAGUCAUAGAGAGAAGUUGAUAAAUGCACGCAGAACCGCCUCUGUAUUGUAUGAAGUCUUGAAGACCCUCACAACUGCAGCUGCUCCUCAGGCACUUUCUGAAAGAGACGAUGCCCAUUUGAAGACAUUCUAUGUACCCUACAACAUUCUACCACUUGACCAUAGGAGCAUUCAGCAACCCAUUAUGCAGCUACCCGAGAUUAAAGCUGCAGUUGCGGCAAUUUCCAAUGUUCGUGGUUUACCUUCAGCCCAAGAUUUUCAAAAAAAUGGGCCCUUUACAGAUUUGUUUGAUUUUCUUCAGUGGAGCUUUGGCUUUCAGAGAGAUAAUGUGGCCAACCAGAGGGAGCAUUUGCUUCUACUCCUUGCUAACAUGCAAGCUCGACUUACAAAUAAGCAGACAUCUAGCUCAAAGUUAGGAGAUAACCCAUUGGAUGAAUUAAUGAGAAAGUUCUUCAAGAACUAUACACAUUGGUGCAAAUUUUUGGGGAGGAAAAGCAAUAUAAGGUUGCCUUAUGUGAAACAGGAAGGUCAGCAGUACAAACUUCUGUACAUUGGGCUUUACCUGCUUAUAUGGGGCGAGGCUGCAAACUUGAGAUUCAUGCCGGAAUGUCUCUGUUAUAUUUUUCACCAUAUGGCAUAUGAGUUGCACGGCAUGUUGACCGGUGCCGUAAGCUUGACGACAUGGGAGAAGGUCAUGCCAGCAUAUGGUGGAGGAACAGAGUCUUUCCUUAAAAAUGUAGUUACCCCUAUUUACACGGUCAUAAAAGAGGAAGCUGAGAAAAGCAAAAAUGGGUCAGCCAACUACUCUACAUGGAGAAACUACGAUGAUUUGAAUGAAUAUUUCUGGUCACCUGAUUGCUUUGAAUUAGGCUGGCCCCUGCGUUUGGACCACGAUUUCUUUUGUGUAAAAGAUUUAAAUAAAAAAAAUCCGAAGUUUCCCUUUUUCUAUCAUAAAAAAGUGGAAGAAAGAAAGACGGAAGGAAAUGAAGAUGCUGAACCAGUGGCUUCAAAGGGUGAAGUUGGUGAGCGGAAGUGGUUAGGAAAAAGCAAUUUUGUAGAGGUUCGUUCAUUUUUACAGAUCUUUAGGAGUUUCAGAAGAAUGUGGAGCUUCUAUAUUCUGUCCCUGCAGGCAAUGAUAAUUAUGGCAUUCAAUGAAUUGGAAACUCCACUUCAAUUAUUUGAUGCAGUCAUAUUUGAGGAUGUCUCUAGCGUUUUUGUUACAUCUUCAGUACUUAAAUUGCUGCAAGCAAUUCUUGAGAUUACAUUUACGUGGAAGGCCAGGCGGACUAUGGGGUUGUCUCAGAAAAGGAAAUAUCUGAUGAAGCUUGGUGUAGCAGUAAUAUGGACCAUUGUUCUUCCAGUUUGCUAUUCAUAUUAUAGGAGUAAAUAUACAUGUUACACAACGAAGAAAGGGAGUUGGGUUGGAGAAUGGUGUUUCUCUUCCUACAUGGUUGCUGUUGCAAUUUACCUAGUCAGCAAUGCAGUUGAUCUGGUUUUAUUUCUUGUUCCGGCAGUUGGCAGGUAUAUUGAGACUUCAAAUGGCCGUAUAUGCACUGUUUUGUCCUAUUGGACAGAGCCUCAAUUAUAUGUUGGGCGUGGAAUGCAGGAAAGCCAAGUAUCGAUGCUGAAGUAUACACUAUUUUGGGUACUUGUACUAUUAAGCAAAUUUUCCUUCAGUUACUAUUUUGAGAUUAAACCACUCGUAGAGCCAACAAAGAGAAUAAUGAAAAUUGGUGUGAAGAAAUAUGACUGGCAUGAGCUUUUCCCAAAAGUUAGGAGUAAUGCGGGUGCGAUUGUGGCUAUAUGGGCUCCUAUAAUAGUUGUAUAUUUUAUGGAUUCUCAAAUAUGGUAUUCUGUGUUCUGUACGAUCUUUGGUGGUCUAUAUGGGAUUUUGCAUCAUCUUGGUGAGAUUCGAACAUUAGGAAUGCUGAGAAGUAGAUUCCAUACCUUGCCUUAUGCAUUCAAUGCUUGCCUUUGCCCACCUUUGUUGAGAAGUGAUCAAAAGAAAAGAAAAGGUUUCUUCUUCAAUAGGUUUCAGGCUUCUGAAAACAAACAUCAUGGUCUUUCCAAGUUUGUUGUUGUAUGGAACCAAAUCAUCAAGAGUUUUCGACAUGAAGACUUAGUAAGCAACAGGGAGUUGGAUUUGAUGACAAUGCCAGUGUCGUCAGAAUUGUUUUCUGGUAUAGUUCGCUGGCCCGUUUUUCUCCUAGCAAACAAGUUUGUAACAGCUUUGAGCAUUGCAAAAGAAUUUGUUGGGAAGGAUGCCAAUCUGAUUAAAAAGAUUAAAAAAGAUGAGUACAUGUAUUCAGCUGUAAAAGAAUGCUACGAGUCUUUGAAGUACAUCCUUGAAAUCCUUAUCGUGGGAGAUCUGGAGAAGAGGGUCAUAUCUGCUCUGAUAAAUGAAAUUGAAGAAAGCAUCAAAAGAUCUAGUCUUCUUGAAGACUUCAAGAUGAGUGAGCUUCCAGCUCUACAUGAUAAAUGUAUCGAGUUACUAGAACUUCUGAUUCAAGGGAAUAAGAUGACUCGGGAAAGAGUUAUAAGAGUUCUCCAAGAUAUAUUUGAGCUUGUAACCAGUGAAAUGAUGACCGAUGGCUGCAGAGUACUAGAUCUGGUCUAUGCUUCUGAGCAAAUAGAGCACGACUUCAUUGAUUUUUCUAGACAUAUAGAACCACAACUAUUUGAAUCCUCGCCUAGCAAGGAAUCUAUUCAUUUCCCAUUGCCAGAAGAUGAUGACUCUCUCAUAGAACAGAUCAAGCGUUUUCAAUUGUUGCUCACUGUCAAAGACAGUGCAUUGGACAUCCCUGUAAACUUGGACGCUCGAAAGCGCAUUUCAUUCUUUGCAACGUCAAUGUUUAUGAAUGUACCCAAAGCCCCUAAAGUAAGCAAUAUGAUGUCAUUCAGCAUUUUAACUCCAUACUUCACGGAGGAUAUAAAUUUUUCAUUGGAAGAGCUUCACUCAAGCCACCAGGAAGUCUCCAUCAUAUUUUACAUGCAAAAGAUAUUUCCAGGAAAUAUACAGCAUAAAACUUCCUGGUCCGCCACACAUUGGAGAAGGGAAGCCUGAAAAUCAAAAUCAUGCCAUAAUUUUCACACGUGGUGAAGCUCUUCAAACAGUUGAUAUGAACCAGGAUAACUAUUUGGAAGAGGCGCUGAAGAUGAGAAAUCUUCUUCAAGAAUUUUUUCAACCCAAAGUACGGAAGCCUCCUGCAAUACUGGGUUUAAGGGAGCACAUAUUCACUGGAAGCGUUUCUUCCUUAGCAUGGUUCAUGUCAUAUCAAGAGACGAGCUUUGUCACAAUUGGUCAGAGAAUUCUUGCCAAUCCUCUCAGGGUACGAUUUCACUACGGACACCCAGAUGUAUUUGACAGGGUGUUUCACAUUACGAGAGGUGGCAUCAGCAAAGCAUCAAAAACCAUUAACUUGAGCGAAGAUGUUUAUGCUGGAUUUAACUCUACAUUACGUCGGGGAUAUAUUACAUACCAUGAGUACAUGCAAAUAGGAAAAGGCCGUGACGUAGGGCUGAAUCAGAUCUCCAAGUUUGAAGCUAAGAUAGCAAAUGGAAAUAGUGAACAAACUCUAAGCCGAGACAUUUAUCGCCUUGGGCAACGAUUUGAUUUCUUCAGGAUGCUAUCUUGUUAUUACACUACAAUUGGAUAUUAUUUCAGUAGCUUGAUAUCAGUACUUGGAAUUUAUGUUUUCCUCUACGGACAACUAUAUCUUGUUCUUAGUGGGUUGGAAAAAGCUCUUCUCCUUGAAGCUAGAAUGCAGAACGUCCGAUCUCUGGAAACAGCUCUUGCUUCACAGUCAUUUAUACAGCUUGGGCUCCUUACAGGCUUACCUAUGGUCAUGGAAAUUGGACUUGAAAGAGGAUUUCUUACAGCGCUCAAAGAUUUUGUCCUCAUGCAGUUGCAGUUGGCGGUUGUUUUCUUUACUUUUUCACUUGGAACAAAAACUCAUUACUUUGGCCGCACAAUACUUCAUGGGGGUGCAAAGUACAGACCUACUGGGCGUAAGGUAGUGGUCUUUUAUGCCAGUUUCACUGAAAACUACAGAUUGUAUUCAAGAAGCCACUUCGUUAAAGGAUUCGAGCUACUGCUUCUGUUGACUGUCUACGAUUUGUUCAGAAGAUCUUACCAGAGCAGCAUGGCAUAUAUGCUGAUCACUUACUCCAUUUGGUUCAUGUCAAUCACUUGGUUAUUUGCACCAUUUUUAUUCAAUCCCUCUGGAUUCAGUUGGGGCAAGAUAGUAGAUGACUGGAAAGAAUGGAAUAAGUGGAUUAAGCAGCAAGGUGGUAUAGGAGUUCAGCAGGACAAAAGUUGGCAGUCUUGGUGGGAUGAAGAACAAGCCCACCUUCGUCAUUCAGGACUUGUUUCCAGGUUGAUUGAAGUAUUUCUCUCAUUAAGGUUCUUCAUGUAUCAGUACGGGCUCGUUUAUCACCUUGACAUUUCCCAGCAUAGCAGAAAUUUACUGGUUUAUGUGCUUUCUUGGGCUGUGAUUGCUGCAAUUUUCUUACUGGUCAAGGCAGUAAACCUGGGGAGGCAGCAGUUCAGUGCCAACUAUCAUUUUUUAUUCAGACUAUUCAAAGCAUUUCUCUUCCUCGGCGUUCUAUCCGUAAUUAUUUCUCUAUCCGUCGUCUGUGAAUUAUCUCUGAAGGACAUGGUCAUCUGCUCUCUGGCCUUCCUACCAACUGGAUGGGGAUUGAUUUUGUUUGCACAAACUGUGAGGCCAAAAAUAGAGCACACUUGGCUGUGGGACUUCACCAGGGUUCUUGCCAAAUCAUACGACUACGGUAUGGGCGUCGUUCUCUUUGCACCUGUGGCUACUCUGGCAUGGCUUCCAAAUAUAUCAGACUUCCAGACUCGUUUCCUCUUCAACGAGGCGUUCAACAGGCACUUGCAUAUCCAACCAAUUAUUGCUGGCAAACAGAAGCACAAGUGAUGAUCAUUUGAGUGACUGAUUGUGUUUAAGUACAUAUUGUAUAGUCAUAAUGGUGAUAAAUCCUCCCACACAGAAAUUUUAACACUUUAGAAAUUUAUGUAGUUGGUAGUGAGUCAAGAUGGGAUAUAGGAAUACAAAGUUUAGAUGUCAAUGAUUUGAAUAGAGGAUCAGUAUAUUAAAUUGUACCAUAAAGCAUAGAUUCAUGUUUCAUAAAAUUCCAUAAUAAUGUUCUUUAAAGUGGCUUCAAACAA